AUGCAUUUGCAUAAGUGGGCGUCUAAUUCUGAAGUCUUGUUGAGUGAAGUGCCAAAAGAAGAUCGAAAUUCAUUUACGGUGUUGGGUGAGAGCAAGGCAAACGAAAUAAUAAAAAUUUUGGGUAUCAAGUGAAAUCCUGCUACGGAUGAAUUUAUUUUCAUCACCCCACAGAUAUCGGAAAACUCGGCACCAACGAAAAAGGAAGUGCUUUCUGCAUUGGCCAAAAUUUUUGAUCCUCUUGGUCUCAUUACACCAGUGAUUGUGAUUGAUUAAAUGUUAAUGCAAGAGAUUUUGAAGGCACAACUUGGCUGGGAUGACAAGGCAGAUGAUUCAGCAUUCUUGAGAGAAUGUACUGUAGAAGCUGAGCCGGUAAGGGAUCUUCCUGAAUCUGCCAUUCCGGAAAUACGUUCGGAGAUUAAAAUUCACGUGGCAAUGGCCAAGAAGGAGUUUCGUUCUUAUUCAGACAACACCAGGCGUCUGAAGGAGAAUCGUAUCAAGAACUCUACCUUACGAAUUACAGAACUACGAGAAUCGUCAAGACGGAUUGUAGGAUUACUUCAACAGAUGGAACUAUCGAGCAUCAUAACGGCAGUCAAAAACGGUAGCCACAAUCAUCGUUUUGCGAAUUUGAACCUGUUUCUAAAAGAUGGUUUGCUAAGAGUGGGUGCACGUCUGCAACAUUCUCAGCUACCAUACGAAAGCAAGCAUCAAUUGUUGCUGCUUAAUACGAGUGUGAUUACGAGCAGAAUCAUCACUAUGAUACAUCGUGAGCAUCUGCAUGUGGGGUGCUCGGGCGUUAUCAACAUUCUACGACAAAAAUACUGGUCGACGAAUGCGCGGUCCACGGUGCGCAAGGUUUUUCGAGGAUGUGUUACCUGUUUUAGAGUCAAUCCAAAGACUGUAAGCCAACAGAUGGGGGACCUUCCUUCGUAUCGUGUGAAUGCAGCUCCGACGUUUGAACGUGUUGGUCUGGACUAUGCUAGACCAAUUUUGCUUCAAUCAGGAAUACGGCGGGUUUCCUCAUGGAAGGGUUACAUUUGCAUAUUUGUAUGCAUGGUAACCUACGGAAUAAAUCUGGAGGCUGUCGAAAAUCUAACGACGGAAGCGUUUCUGGCGGCUUUUAAAAGGGUCAUGUCACGUAGAGGAAUACCACACGGGGUAUUUAGUGACAACGGCACAAACUUUGUGGGUGCGAAUGCGGAGAUCAAAGAGAUGCGAAACGCCUAUAAGAAAGCUGUUGCAACUCAGGGGAUUCGUUGAAUUUUGUCAAGCAAAGGAGAUUAAUUGGAAACACACCCCUCCUAACGCUCCACAUUUUGGUGGAAUUUAGGAGAGCGGGGUUAAAAGCGUAAAGAGGGGACUUAAAGGGUGUACAAGACAGCGUCGUUAACAAUCUUUGAAUUCUAUGCUUUACUACGUCAGAUUGAAGGGAUUUUGAAUUCUAGACCACUGUACACGCAUUCAAGUGAUCCACAUGAUCUUGAAUGUUUGACACCAGCGGACUUUACGAUCAAUCGACCCUUGGUAGGAGUUGCGGAGCGCUCGUAUAUUGAUUUUGCGGAAAAUAGAUUAAAGAGACAGACCUCCUUUAUAUAUCCAAUCCCGCCAUACGCGUUACGGUUCAAAUGAACCUCUUCUUAGAGCGCUCUCGGACUUCAACAAUUCGUAUCAUCUGUUCGACUACAAUAUCCCUGUGUCCCGCUUUCGUUCUCGUCUACGUGAGUCCUCGUCCUUGUGUCUAGCUUAGUGUUUCGUGUACUUUGUGGACUUCCUACUGU